UUACAGUUAGAAGUUUUGGUUUUCAGCUUCUCGGAAAACAUUAGUUCUCUUCUCUUCCCCACCUUUCCAUCAAUUUCACCGCAUAAACCCUAAUUUAGAUUUUAGGGUCCCUCUUAAACACUCUUGCAAAUCUCCAAGCUCCUCUUUGACAAAACUUCAUCAGCAACAAUGGAUAAUAAUUUCGGGAACUAUCAUCAUCAUCAAUGGCGUCCAGGACCAACACAGCCAAACUUGUGCCCGGUUUGUACGGCGCCGCACUUCCCUUUCUGCCCACCGUAUCUUCCAUCUUCCUUCCAGCAGACUCCUAGCUUCCCUCCUCACCUCAACUUACCUCGUCCUGGAUUCGACUCGUUCACCGGACCACCGGUUCGACCGCAAAACCACUAUCCGCUCGGUGAUCCAAGACCGUGGUUAGCUCACCACGGUAAUCAAUGGCGACCGGUUUCUGACUAUCGCAGCGCUGUUGAUUGUGAUAGGGAAGCUGAUCGGAGCUAUAAGAGAGCUCGGAUUGAUGCGAUCGGCGGUGGUUCUCCCGGUUAUGUUGUUUCUGGGAGCGAUGGAUUUCAGAGUCCUCAGAUCUCAUGGGAGAACGAACGGAGGCUGAAGAUGGUUAGAGAUCAUGGUUACGGUUUAUCUGCGCCGUCUCCGGGAAAUCUCGAUGAUUCCAAUCUCAAGAUGAAUCAUCACUAUCCGAUGAGCGAAUUUAGGAAUGGCGGUCAACUUAAUGGUGUAGCUCCUCCUCCGCCUCCGCUUCAUCAUCCGCCGCUGCCACCGGCGUCGUACGGAGGCUAUUUUGGCGGUCCUAAUGGUCAGCCUCCUCUUCCGGUUUCGCCACCACCGCCUUUGCCUCCAUCUAAUCCUUCUUCUCUGUUUCCUUUCACCGCUAAUUCCUCUGCAACGGUCUCUCCACCGCCAUCAUCAUAUCCUCAAAUGCCAAAUGCUUCGCCAUCUUCUACACAAUUAGCACCAACUCGGUCUAAAGUGAUGGAUGUGUCCCAUUUGCUCAAGCCUCCUCAUCGGUCUACUCGCCCUGAUCAUUUUGUAAUUAUCCUUCGAGGACUACCAGGUAGUGGGAAGAGUUAUUUAGCAAAGUUAUUGCGUGACAUCGAGGUAGAAAAUGGCGGUAGUGCUCCGCGAAUCCAUUCUAUGGAUGAUUACUUCAUGGCUGAAGUUGAGAAGGUUGAGGAGAGUGAUUCAGCUUCUUCAAGAUCUGGUCGAAGCAAGAGACCUAUUGUAAAAAAGGUCAUGGAAUACUGCUACGAACCUGAGAUGGAAGAAGCGUAUCGUUCAAGCAUGCUGAAAGCUUUUAAGAGGACUCUAGAAGAUGGGGCUUUCAGCUUUGUAAUCGUGGAUGACCGCAAUCUGCGGGUAGCUGAUUUUGCUCAGUUUUGGGCAACAGCAAAGAGAUCUGGAUAUGAAGCUUACAUAAUGGAAGCGACAUACAAGGACCCAACUGGCUGUGCAGCAAGAAAUGUACAUGGCAUCACACUAGAUCAGGUACAGCAGAUGGCAGAACAAUGGGAAGAAGCUCCAUCAUUGUACAUGCAACUGGAUAUCAAGUCUUUUACGCGGUGGGAUGACCUGAAAGAGAGUGGAAUCGAGGAGGUGGAUAUGGACAUGGAAGAUGAUUUUGGACUGCCAGAAAGAAAAGAUGAUAACAGCUCCCAGUCAGAAGUGAAGGGUGCGACAGAAGGCUCUUACAUAAAUGAGAGUAAAUGGGAAGCAGAACCUAGCACCCAUACAGAAAAAGUGAAAGAACUAAGCAGAAGUAAAUGGUCAAACGUAGAGGAAGACGACGAAACAGAGAAAUCUCAAAGCACAGGAAGAAACUCAAAAUCCCUUUCCAGGUCAAGCCAAGAACGGUUGCGGAAAGGCAAAACUGUUUGGUGGGGCGACAAGGGUGGAGACGCAGGUUUUUCAAUUGGUGCUGCGAGGAAUAUGAGCAUGCCUUCUUUAGUUAUAGGUCCUGGAUCAGGAUACAACUUGAAAUCGAAUCCGCUAUCACGAGAAGAGAGUCUUGCACUGGCUGAUGCUAUUGGAAAAGCAAAGGUAAGAGGAAUUUUCCAGGAUCAGCUUAGAGCAGAGCGUGAGUCUUUUAAAGCGGUUUUUGAUAAGAGACAUGUACGAAUCCCUACGUCUUACAAUUCAAAGGACGACUAAGUGUAUGAUGCAUUUUUUCCUCUGGGAAACCCCAAAGUUUAUUUCCCACUUUGACAUUCACAUCAACCAAUAGAAUUGAGAGAAACAUGGGUUGGGGGGGUUUAAACUAUUAUUAUCCCUUGUUCUGUGUUCGUAUGAAUUUUAAUGU